CGGUCCCGGCCCGCUCGGCUCGGCUCGCCCCUGGCCAUGGCUCAGGCGGCGCUGGGCGCGGCGGGGCUGCACUUUGACGAGCUGAACAAGCUGCGGGUGCUGGAGCCCGAGGUGGCGGCGCAGACGGCGCAGCUCCGCGAGGAGUGCCGGGCCUUCGUGGACAAAACAGCAGAAUUUCAGAAAAUAGUGGGCAGCUUGAUUGAGGUGGUUGACCAGCUGGCUAAAGCUGCAGAAAGUGAGAAGAUGAAGGCCAUCGGGGCACGGAACCUGCUGAAGUCCAUUGCAAAGCAGAGGGAGGCUCAGGAGCAGCAGCUCCAGGCUUUGAUAGCCGAGAAGAAGAUGCAGCUGGAAAGGUAUCGCAUCGAGUACGAGACUCUCUGCAAAAUCGAAGCAGACCAGAACGAAUUCAUUGACCAGUUCAUUUUCCAGAAAUAGAGGAUUUGAAGAUAACCAACUCACGUGGAAACUUGACCAUUCCAGAAUCUUGAGAAUUCCAGAAAUAUGCAAUUUCCAGGAGUGCAGAUGGUUUGUACAGUGUACCAUGGCAAUAAGGAGGGCUGACAGCUCACAGCUGCACAGACUGUUCUGGCCUUUGAUUUUAUACCAGUUUUGUACAGUCAAUAGUUCUAAUUCAAAUUACAAUUGAGUUAAUACUACUGGUGCUUUGUUGUGUCUCUUUUUGAACUCYACAGCUCUUUUACAGAAAUCAGAAAAUAAACUAUUGUUCUCAGACUGUCUGGCUGUACCAGCAUUAGUUGC